AUGGGUUCGAGUGUUAAGAAGAAGAAGGAGAAGAAGAAGGACUUCCAGGCAACAAAAUUGCGAGUUGGGAAGACUAAGGCUAAGGCCGACAACUUCACAGAUACCAGCUUCAAGUCAAAAUCAAUCGUUGUAAACACGCAAUCUCUCUCAACUACAGCACCCGCCUUAGGAUCACAACUUUACCAUUACAUAUCUCUGGCUUCAUCUUCACGCUCAGACACUCAGCGCCGAGAUGCUCUCUCGUAUCUUAUCAACCAGUUUACCUCCCAACCAGUGAACACACCCUUCCCCGUCUCACCUAUCAUUCUUCUCGAUAAGCUUAUUCCUCUACUCCUGGAUGGGUCUGCUUCUGUUCGGUCCCAGCUCCUCAAACUGCUGCGGCUUCUCCCAGCGUCAGAGAUAAAUGAUCGUGCUGAGCCUGUACUGUUAUACAUCAGAGCUGGUCUGACCCACCUUGCAGCCGGAAUCACUAUUGAUGCUCUAGCUGCGCUGGAAUGGUUACUGGAAGUUGCGAGUGACGAUGCGGUAUCUUGUCCUGGUGGAUGGUUCAAGACCGUGAAGUGCUUCUUGUUGAUGCUGGGCUGGUCUGCUGGUGCUACAUCCACUGGAUGGACUACAAGCAACGCAUCAUUCGGCAAAACUGGGAAACCACUAGCACGACAGCUGCUUGUCUUCGCACAAUUCUUGAAGACAGGACUUAUCAACGAUCAACCGGUCGUCCAUUACAAUGCUGGUAAAAACUUUCCGCUGUGGGAUGUGGAAGCACAUAUGAUCCCUUCGAGAUCAAAUGCCUAUGCACGUCUGAAUCUGUUUGGUUCACCUCGGGAUGAAGAGGGUGAGAUGUACAUGGAUGUAGACAGUCGACAACGUGUCUUCCAUGCGAAGUUUCAGUCAGCUGUGGAUGCUGGAAUUGCGAAAGUGAAGAAAGAGGCCGGAGAGGCCGGCAGGGCGGCUGCUGUCUUGGCUAAGGUUGUACGUGAUGGUAUGGCUGGAUACAGUGGCGUUAAUGAUACCCUCUAG